CCAAGGGCCACACCCUAUGUUUCCUGUCACUCCUGACAGGCUCUGUAGCUCUGCUCUCAGGCACAGUUGCAGCCUCUGGGAGGAGAUGCCAUGACCUUCACCUUCACAGUCCUGCUCUGUCUGGGACUGACCCUUGACCUCUGGAUCCCAGUGCUGGGAGGGAACCUCCCUAAGCCUGUCCUCAGAGCACAGCCAGACUCUGUGGUCUCCAAGCAGACUGAGGUGACCUUCUUGUGUGAGGGGACCAUGGGAGCCACAAAGUACAGACUCUAUAAAUAUGGAUAUUUUUAUUCAUGGCCCAUGGUCCUGCUGGAGUAUGGGAAGAAGGCUGAAUUCCGCAUGUCAUACAUUAACGAGAACCAUGCAGGGACAUAUAGCUGUGACUAUGGUACCGAUGAUGGAUGGUCAGUAGCCAGCAACACCUUGGAGCUGGUGGUGACAGGAGCAUCAAGUAAACCCAGCCUGUCAGCCCAGCCCAGCCCCGAGGUGACUUCAGGAGGGAAUGUCACCCUCCAGUGUGUCUCAGGGCAGGAAUAUGGCAGGUUUAUUCUGAUUAAGCAAGGACCACAGAAGCUCUCAUGGAGGCAUGACUCACAGUAUAACCACUCUAUUCAGAAUUACCAAGCCCUGUUCCCUGUGGGGCCAGUGAACUCCAGCCAGAGGUGGAUAUUCAGAUGCUACAGACAUGACAGCUACAGACCACAGCUGUGGUCAUAUCCUAGUGACACCCUGGAGCUCCUGGUCUCAGGGAACCUCCACAAACCCAUCAUCAAGGCUGAGCCAGGCUCUGUGAUGGCUCUCGGGACUUCCAUGACCAUCUGGUGUCAGGGUACUCUGGGGGCAGAAAUAUAUGUUCUGCAUAAAGUCGGGAGCCAAGAAUCCCGGGACACAAAAACCCCAGAGGAGCCUGGGAACAAGGCCAAGUUCUCCAUCCCUUCUGUGAGACAGGAACAUGCAGGGCAAUAUCGCUGUUACUGUUACAGCAAGGCUGGCUGGUCAGAGCGCAGUGACACCCUGGAACUGGUGGUGACAGGAAUCUACAGACACAAGUACAACAAACUCAGGCUGUCAGCCCGGCCCAGCCCUGUGGUGACCUUGGGAGGGAACAUGACUCUCCAGUGUGCCUCAUCGAAAAGAUAUGACAAGUUCAUUCUCACCAGGGAAGAUCAGCAGCUCCUAAGCUCCCUGGACACACAGCGUAUACCCUCGAUCUCACAUUACCACGCCUUCUUCUCUAUGGAACACAUGACCUCAAACCACACAGGGACAUUCCGAUGUUAUGGUUACUACAAGGACACCCCACAGUUGUGGUCAGAGCCCAGUGAGCCCCUGGAAAUACACAUCUCAGGCCUGUCCAAGAAGCCCUCUCUGCUGACUCAGCAAGGCUAUAUCCUGCACCCUGGAAUGAGCCUCACACUGCAGUGUUCCUCUGACAUCAGCUAUGACAGAUUUGCUCUGUACAAGGUGGGGGAAGCUGACUUCACCCAGCACUGUAGCCAGCGGACUCAGGCUGGCCGCUUCUUGGCCAACUUCACACCAGACUAUAUGAGACAAGACAUGGGAGGCCAGUACAGAUGCUAUGGUGCACACAACCUCUCCUCUGAGUGGUCAGCCUCAAGUGACCCCCUGGACAUCCUAAUCACAGGGUAUCUCCAUGUCACUCCUUCCCUCUCAGUGAAGCCCAACUCCACAGUGCUCUCAGGAGAGAACGUGACCCUGCUGUGUCAGUCAAUGGACAAAGUGGACACUUUCAUUCUGUCCAAGGAGGGAUCAGCCCACCAACCUAUGCGACUAAGAUCAAAGUCCCAAGAAUACCAGUGGCAUGCAGAAUUCUCCAUGACUGCAGUGACCUACCCCAACACAGGAACCUACAGGUGCUAUGGUUCUCGAGACUCAGCUCCCUACCUGUUGUCAGAGGCCAGUGCCCCUGUGGAGCUCACAGUCUCAGGACCCACUGGAGCCUCCAGCCCACCUCCCUCAAGGCCCAUGCCAGGAGCUGGAUUUAACAGUUACCUGAAUGUUCUGAUCGGAGUCUCUGUGGCCUUUCUCCUGCUCCUCGUCAUCUUCAUCUUCGUCCUUCUCCGACGAAGGCAUCAGGGAAAAUUCAGACAGGAUGCCCAGAAAGAGACAGAAUUAGAACUUCCUGCAGGAGCUGCAGAGCCAGUAACUAGGGACAGAGGCCCCCAGAAUAGGGCCAACCCAGCGGCUGCCACCCAGGAAGAAAGUCUUUAUGCUUCAGUGGAGGACAUGCGAGCUGAGGAUGGUGUGGAGCUGGACAGCUGGAGACCACCCGAGGAAGAUCCCCAGGGAGACACGUAUGCCCAGGUGAAACCCUCUAAGCUAAGGAGGGAAGGAUCUCUCUUACCUUCUGUCAUGUCAAGUGAAUGCCUGAACACAAAAGGACAAGCAGAAGAGGACAGAGAAGUGGACAGUCAGCCUGCUGAAUCUAAGGAGCCCCAGGAUGUGACCUAUGCCCAACUGUGCAUCAGGACACUCAGCGGAAGGAGAGAUACACCUCCUUCCUCCCAGGCAGAGGAAGCCCCAGAGGAGCCCAGUCUGUAUGCUGCUCUGGCAGCCACUCAUCCCAAGGACAAGGAGCAAUGACCCUCUACCUGCAAAUACGCCUAACAGAGACCUCCAAGGAAUUCUGGGAACUGUUGGCAACUUAACUACACUUUAACAUCACACAGUUUGGAAAUAAAACAGGAGAGUUCUCAAUAAUCAAAUGAAAUGAGAAAUGAAAUGAAAUAGAAAGGAGGGGUUUUACAUUGAGUGCUAAUUUUAAUAAUAUUUCUCAUCAAAGCCAUGAAAUGAGAAAAUAUACAAUCAUGGUUGUACAGCCUCAUAAUUCCAACUCAUAGGAGGCUGAGGCAGGAAAACUGCCAUUGCUUGUGGCCAUCUUGGCAUACUUAGUGAACUUCAUGCCAGCCUAGGUUACAGAAUGAGACAUGUUUCAAAUAACAUUAGCCACCAGAGGCCAGGGGGAGGAACAUACCCAAAAUCCUAGCACCUUAGAGGGCUGGACAUGAGGAUCAAGAAGUCAAGGUCAUAGCCUAGAAGUAAGAAGCCAGCCUAGAACACACCAGACCCUGUUAAAAAAUAAAUAAAUAGGCCAGGCUUGGUGGCAUAUGCCUUCAAUCUCAGCACUAAAGAAGUAGAGACAUAUCUUUGAGUCCAGGGCCAGCUGGUCUACCGAAUGAGUUCCAGGACAGGCAAGGAUACAGAGAAACCUUGUCUCAAAAGUAAUAAAUAAAAUAGGGCCAGUGAUAGUGCCUUUAACUGCUGAUAUCCUAAGUUCAAUCAUCAGGAAUAGAGGACGAAGAAAACUGAUCCCCACAAAUUGUCCUCUGACCUCCAAAGUCCUCGGUGUCCUCCCCACACCCAAAAAGUAAAUAAAAUGAUUUUUAAAAUAAACAAGCAAAUAAUCACAAAUGAAA